ACGAAGUAAAACUGGGGAAAACAAGGAGACAGUCGUUCGGGGAUUAUCGCGUAACUUGGCUGACACACACCGGUGAUAUGGUUGCCCGGCAAGGUGUCUGUGUAUAUAAUUUCCCCUUUCGGACUCUCCUUGUUGGGUCAACAUGGACGCUUUCCAAAUGACGAAGGAAGGCCCGAGUCGUUGUUGAGUUUUGAGCUAGCCGUGUGACGUUAGCUCGCCCGGCUAGCGGCUUCAAACAACUUGUCAACAGCAGAGGCGAUCGAUAUCCCAAGCGCAUAUCGGAACUGUUUUGGACACGCGCCUCCUGUACAAGCCCUACCUGCCGCGGGUUGUCGCCGCUCCGACGGCCAGUGAAGCAGCAGCACUUUAGAGAGAGUUGGCCAUGAUGGCAACGUGACAGGAGGGAGGCCCACUGAGUCCGCUUCAACAGGAACCAUGGAGGGCUUACAGCAAACUGCUCCUGAGCAGCAGCACAAAAGGGUCAACGGCUACUGCCAGCCAAGUCCACCCCAGGAUUCGGCUGAUGUUAGGUGGCCGGGGUCCCAGGGAGAAUCUCGGGGCUCGGAUAGCUGCGGGGGCGCGAGUGGAUCGCACCACACGGACCUGGAUGACUCCAAAGGCCCUGAGAGCGACGGUGAGGUCAAAGAGGAGCUGGAGGAUGUGACCCGUGACAGAGGCGAACAGGAGACAAGAGAGAGUGCAGAUGAAGAAAACAAUCGCAGCAGUGCAGCAUCCAGCUACACCGCAGACCUUUCCCACACACCGUCGCCCUCGCUGUCCGAGCAGCUGCGUCUGGGGCGAGAAGACAGCACAACCUCUGGUAUAAGUGUGGAGUGUAAGGUCUGUGGGGACAAGGCGUCAGGUUUCCACUAUGGUGUACAUGCCUGUGAGGGUUGUAAGGGCUUUUUCAGACGAACUGUGCGUAUGAAAUUGGAAUAUGAGCGCUGCGAGCGUUCCUGCAAGAUUCAGAAGAAGAAUCGCAACAAGUGCCAAUAUUGUCGUUUCCAGAAGUGCCUUUCUUUGGGAAUGUCUCACGAUGCGAUCAGAUAUGGCCGAAUGCCUGAGGCAGAGAGGAAGAAGCUGGUGGCGGGCCUGCUUGCAGAGGAACUAAACCUCGGCAAACCGGGCGGCUCCGACUUAAAGACCUUGGCCAAGCAAGUCAACACAGCCUACUUGAAGAAUCUUAGUAUGACCAAGAAGAGGGCCCGCAGCAUCCUGAUGGGAAAGACCAGCAGCACCUCACCAUUUGUGAUCUAUGAUGUGGACACGCUCUGGAAGGCUGAAAGUGGUUUGGUGUGGAGCCAGUUGCUUCCAGGUGCUCCCCUGACCAAGGAGAUCGGGGUGCAUGUGUUCUACCGGUGCCAGUGCACCACGGUGGAGACUGUGCGUGAGCUCACCGAGUUUGCCAAGAGCAUUCCGGGGUUUGUCGACCUCUUCCUGAAUGACCAGGUGACAUUGCUGAAGUACGGCGUGCAUGAGGCUAUUUUUGCGAUGUUGCCAUCUCUCAUGAACAAAGAUGGUCUCCUGGUGGCCAAUGGGAAAGGCUUUGUGACCAGAGAGUUCCUGCGUAGCUUAAGAAAGCCUUUCAGUGAGAUCAUGGAGCCCAAGUUUGAGUUUGCCGUGAAGUUCAAUGCCCUGGAGCUGGACGACAGUGACCUGGCCCUCUUCGUAGCCGCCAUCAUCCUGUGCGGAGAUCGCCCAGGCUUGAUGAAUGUGAAGCAGGUGGAGCAGAGCCAGGACAACAUCUUGCAGGCCUUGGACCUCCACCUGCAGGUGAACCACUCGGACUCAGUCUACCUCUUCCCCAAACUGCUGCAGAAGAUGGCCGACCUCCGCCAGCUGGUCACAGAGAACGCUCAACUUGUGCAGAAGAUCAAAAAGACAGAGUCUGAGACCUCGCUCCACCCUCUUCUGCAAGAGAUCUACAAAGACAUGUAUUAAACUGCUCUGAGCAAUACUGUUACAGACUGAAUACACACUUAUCAGAACAAUACACUGUUCAAUUAAAAACUGUUCCACUUGAGGUCAUGGUUGUCUAACAGCACACAUCUGGAAUAGGUCGCCUCUGUUUCCCACAAAGGUCACGUCAUAUAAGAAAACACUGUUUUCUUACCAAAGCUGCUUUCCAGGGGAAACAUUUCAUGUUACAUUUUCACAUAUACUUACACGGUGCUGUGGAGAAGAGCCAUCAGUGUGGGCGUGGUGCAUUCUGAAGAUCACUGUGUUUGGGUAGAGUGAUUGGACAAAGCUGACAAUGCGCAGGUUGCUUUUUGUUUACAUCCUUGUUUUCAAUGAGUGACCUCCAACUUUACCGUUUGGCCCUGUGGACCCCACUUUGGCUCAGGUGCCUGUGCAAUAGCAUAUCCAUUCGUCAGGCAGUGCGGAGAGCUAAGCCAUUGAGACAUGCAAUACAAAUAUCGUUGGAGUUGGGCAGAAUCCUUGCAUCUCCAAAACCAUUACUUUUCAGGAAAACAAAAGGACAGCAUAUUUGUUGAGCCAUUUAAAUUGCAUCAUCAAAGACAGAAAACCAACAUUUUAGAUUGGUCAAUACUUUGGAAAAAAUAACAGACCACAUGGGGCCUGACCAAUAGUAUCGAUUUGUGACAAAAUAUGAAGUUGACCAAAUUUGGACAUAGGAGGUUUCUGCCCGACAGUGACAAUAUGCUUAUGACCCGCUCAAGCACAAAGGAUGCAUCCUUGUUUUUAGUUUGACACAUUAACUUUUUUUCUUCUUCCUUGUAAUUAUGUCUAAUUAUUUGUAAUUGUUGAUUUUAUUUGUCAAACAUGAAAUUCAUCCCAUCGUAUAUAUUGGACUGACUAUUUGUUAUUUCUUGCCUUCCUGUUUGGCUUACCAAAUAUACCAUCAAUUUGUACUGUAUAACUUUACCUUUCACGCAGUGACAUUCACAUAAUAAUAUGAAACCAGUGCAGCACGCCUAUUCCACAAACUUUCAUCUUGUACAAUUUGGUCUUUUUUAAGCCUUUUUGGAAUUUUUCUUGUUUUCUUUCUUUCAGCCCUCAUCUGUUCUACCUCUAUUGUAUGACAAUAUUCCGCUGUCUCGUCGCAGCACUUGUCUUAUUUGCCUUAAUUCUUUUCUGAGUACAAGAUAUUUCAAUAGUGCUCAAACAAGUGAGCAAGGUGUGAUUGAAAAGCCAGAAAAAAAGUUCACCGGAAGUUAUUGUGAUCUACCUCUACCUGUCUAAAAUGUGCCAAAUAUGUUCACCCAAUGACUUGAAAUGAUCGUAACAUGUAACCAGAGAAAUUACAUCUCGUUCAUAAACUUCUAGAACUGUU